CUUCCGCAGACCCCUGACCAGCUCAACUCUUGGAUUACAAAUACUGAAGUGUACGCGCAUGCUUCCCACCGUAACCAACCUGCAUCGGCCCCUUCCAUCCACAAAUCCCAAGGCACUCAAUCAGCAAGCGCCAGCACUGCGACUGUGCCCUGUUCUCUGACUCCGGCUCGUUCUGACCUGACCGUACUGACGUCUCGCUGCCCCAGAGUGGGCCGCGCGUUAACUUUUGGUAACUUGUGCCUCGAUUUUAACCCGUAGCUUGCAGGGUUACCAGGACAUCGUCAGGCAGAGAGAUUCGUGCAAUCGGCCAAUCGCGAUAAGACAGCAAAGGCCUGACCUGUUUCGGGCUUGGGCGGGUAUUUUGGGGGUUCGAUCUUUCUUUAUUGCUUUGCUGUGUCCCCGGUGCACUUUUUUUUGUAGAGCUUCAAACUAUUUUUUUGUUGAUGAGGCGGUAUCUCUGAUUGCUUUUUUGUCUACGCUGUGAAAGGAUAUCUUGUGGUGCAUUCACAGCUGCUUGGAGUCGGUGAGAGCUUGCCGCUCAUAUACUACACCGCAACUUUCCGGCCGGACUACUAGACCAGUGCCUCCCAACAGCAUUUUGGGUGAAUGAAGCUGGUCCUCAGCCCGGGCCACUAGAAUCUGGAAAUUACGCACUAUGGAGACAAUAACGAUCGUGAACAAGUCAGGGAAGAUCGUGGGCACAAGCAAGCACCUCCUCAACAUAUUCAAAGAAGCGAAAUACGCAUACCAAGAGAAGAAAGCCGAGAUCCGAGCAGAGAUACAUGGCAAGAACGAAGAAAAGCUAGUGAGGAAGCUCGAGAAUGCCAGGCUCGAGGAGUCCAGAUCCGUAGGUUCGUCGAGGCGUUCACACCGCAGCCAUAAAAGCCGCCGGCCGAAACACGAAGGCGAGUCGUCGAGGAGACCAGCCACAGCUCUUACGGAACGGAACCUAGCUGCUGCGUCUGAGGCGAGUGGAAGCGUGGCGGGCUCAAGGCAUGGUGGGUCCAGACCAGCUACGUCGCAUCGAUCGCCAACAGUCUACCAAGCCCCAUACCAAGCACCAUACCAAGCACCAUACCAAGCACCAUACCAAGCUCCAUACAUCGAAGACUACAAUGCCUCGAGACCUACCCUCGUCCGACACCACACCGAUUUCCCUCCUCGAUACGAGCCCGCGCCUAUGGGGUACAACUAUCACGACUAUCCACCUCCACCACGGCGCUCCAUGACCUCCCCGAAUCCCAAUCAUGGCGAUGAUAUCGAUAUGAACAUGGCAUAUGGCGAACUCCCGCCCGACCUGGCUAUGCAAGUUUACCCACAACAGCGAGAGCAGCAAAAACAGGAGUUAAACGGCCUUAUGUCGAAGCUUGACCACUUGAUGGUUGAAGCGCAUUGCGUGCAACACACCGCUACUACUAUUAUCGCCUCAUUACAAAAGAACCCCGACGCAAUGGCAGCGGUGGCCCUUACACUCGCAGAGAUCUCCAAUGUUCUCACGAAGAUGGGCCCAGGGUUCCUAGCCGCGAUCAAGAGCUCCUCGCCAGCCGUGUUUGCACUCCUCUGCUCGCCGCAAUUCCUCAUCGCUGGCGGCGUCGCGGUGGGCGUCACGAUCGUCAUGUUCGGCGGCUACAAGAUCAUCAAGAAGAUCCAGAAGGAUAUCAGCGACAAGAAGGAAGUGGACGAGAGCUAUCGCAUGGAUGAAGCUAUGGUUUUCAACGCAGAUAACUACAGUAUCGAGUCUUGGCGCCAGGGGAUUGCGGAGGUCGGGGCGCAGAGUGUCUCGACCAGCGUGGAUGGGGAGUACAUAACCCCGAAGGCGGAGAUUCUGCGCAAGCAGCGGAUCAGGGACAGGGCAAUAGAGGAGCGGUCUGGUGCGCCGCGAUCGCCGUCGGUGGGCACGAGUAGUAACGCGAGCACGGUCAGGAGGAAGCCGGUGCCGGUGUAUAUGGAUUCGAGCCGGACGGUGGUGACGGAGAGUGCGCGGACGGAGAGGUCGAGUCGGACGUCUAAGACGACUAAGAGUCGGAGGAGAGCUUCAAAAUCCGAAGCGGGGAGGUCUGAGAGCACGGUGAAGCCGAAGAGGGAGAAAGAGGGGAAGGGGAAGAAACCGAAGAAGCAGUCGGCGAUUAGUGUCCUGUUUAAGGGGUCGUCGUCGGUGAAGAAGGAUAAGAGUGUCGUUGACAGUAAAUGA